AUGGCUAGUGCUCGGAAAAGGUCUAAUCAGAUUCAACAAUUGCAAGAUGAAGAUGCCGAUGCUACUUCUUGGUCCUCGGUGGUAAGUGGUAUUAGGUGCUCUGUCAAUAAUUUCCACAAUGAGGAGCUGUUGAAACCAAUUCUUGAAGAUGAGGUUAAGGUUGCCCUGUUUCAAAUGCACCCCGACAAGGCACCUGGUCCUGAUGGUAUGGGCCCCGGUUUCUUUCAACAUCAUUGGGGUAUUGUGGGAACCGAUAUUGUGAAUAUGGUCAAAGAUUUUUUCGUCUCCGGGACAUUGCCUACUGGUCUCAAUGAUACAAACCUUGUUUUGAUCCCAAAAAAGAAGAAUUUUUCAACAAUGAGUGACCUUCGGCCCAUUGCACUUUGCAACGUCCUGUAUAAAGUAAUCUCGAAAGUGCUUGCAAACCGUAUGCGUGGCCUUAUUGAUCAGAUUAUAUCUGACACUCAAAGCGCUUUUAUACCGGGUCGUCUUAUUUCAGAUAAUGUGAUGGUUGCUUUUGAGGUGAUGCACUACCUAAAGCGGAAAAGGAAAGGCAAGAAAGGUUUUAUGGCCCUAAAACUCGAUAUGAGCAAAGCCUACGAUCGUGUAGAGUGGGGUUAUCUCCGGGCUGUCAUGGUUCGUAUGGGUUUUCAUGAGAAGUGGAUUGAUCUCGUUAUGACUUGUGUUACCUCUGUGCGGUACAAGAUUAUACAUGGUGGCCAUGUUAUGGGUCCUAUCUGUCCUUCGCGAGGGAUUCGGCAAGGUGAUCCUCUAUCCACCUAUCUUUUCAUUAUUUGUGCUGAAGGAUUAUCCUCCCUAAUUCAGAAAUUUGAAGCUACUCGGGUUCUUCAAGGCUGCCGUGUGGCUCAACAUGCCCCUUCAAUUACUCAUAUGUUUUUUGCCGACGACAGCUAUUUAUUUUGUCAAGCAACGAGGGGUGCUGCUGAAAGUGUGCUUACCUUGCUUCACCUGUUCGAGACUGCCUCUGGUCAAAAGGUGAAUACAUCUAAGUCCUCAAUUUUCUUCAGUCCCAAUACUGACACUUCUUCCCGGACUCAGAUCUGCUCUAUUCUUGGCAUGACCGAAGCAACUGAAGGCAGUCUUUAUCUUGGCUUGCCUAACAUUAUUGGGCGUAAUAAGAAUGCAAUUCUUGGGUUCAUCAAGAACAAGGUCAUAUCUAGGAUUAAAGGUUGGGAGGGGAAGUUUCUUUCUCGUGCUGGUAAAGAAAUUCUUCUCAAAACUGUUAUACAAUCUUUGCCUACAUAUGCAAUGAGUGUUUUCCUCCUACCCAUCGGCACCUGUAAUGAUAUUGAAAAACUUAUGGCUAGUUUUUGGUGGAAGACAAACUCAAGUAAAGGUCGUGGCAUUAUCUGGAUGUCUUGGGAUCGUUUGGCCGCGCCUAAGGACGAGGGUGGUAUGGGUUUCCGACAUCUUCAUGAUUUUAAUCUUGCUAUGCUUGCAAAACAAGGUUGGAGAUUGUUGUGCAAACCCGAUUCUCUUGUGGGGAGAGUCUUUAAAGCCAGGUACUUCCCUAAUUCAGAUUUCCUUUCAGCUGAUCUUGGUCAAAAUCCAAGCUUUGUUUGGCGUAGUAUUUGGGGUGCUCAAGACUUGGUUCGUUUGGGAGUUGUUCGCACCAUUGGCAACGGUGAUAACACUAGUAUUACUGGCCAUCCAUGGCUGCCAGAUUCUGACAACAGAUUUGCUUCUUCUACUCAUCCUGGAAUCCCUCUGAGUGACAACGCUGAUUCCGAUUUCUGGUCAUGGUCAGGAGAUCGAUCAGGCCUUUUCAUAGUCCGUAGUGCCUACACUCUGUUGCAACUCCAAAAGCCUAACCAACCAGGUUUCAACAACUCUGGAUUCUGGCGAAAAUUAUGGCACUUGAAGAUCCCACCUAAAGUUACAAAUUUUUUGUGGCGUGCCGUUGCUGAAUGCUUACCAACUUGCUUCCACCUUGUCACAAAAAAAGUGCAAAUCUCAGCAAUGUGUCCUGUCUGUAAUAACCAUGUUGAGACCACCACUCAUGCCUUGCUCACAUGCGAUUUCGCCAGCUCUUGUUGGUCUUCUUUCGAGGCAUAUUCUAGCAUGGCAACACUGUCCUCUUUUGGUAACUGGUUUGAGUAUAUGCAGCAGACUUUUGAUGCUGAGGAGGCUCAGGAUAAAACAACCUUAUUAUCACUGUCUCUUGAAAACAAUGAUGCUAGGUCUGAGUCUUGGAUUAAACCAGGAACGAAUCAAAUCAAGAUAAAUGUUGAUGCAGCACUUUUUCAACGAGAAUGUUCGUAUGGUUUUGGUUUAGUGGCGAGGGAUAGCUCGGGCAGACUUAUAGAAGCAAAGACUUGCUAUCAAGGAGGAGUUUUUCCAGCUGAGGUUGUUGAAGCGAUGGGAAUUAAGGAAGCUCUUAGUUGGAUCAAGAGUAAGAACUGGCAUAAUGUAGAGAUUGAGACCGAUAGUAUGCUUUCUGUUCAGAGCAUUCGUAGUAAUCAAAUCAUGUCUUCUAUUUUUGGUUUGCUUAUUCAGGAUUGUCAAAUUUUGUUAUCUUCUCUACAUAAUGUGCAUUUACGUUUUAUUAAGCGAUCAGCAAAUCGAGUAGCACAUGCUGUUGCUAGACACUCUCGAUUUCUUUCUGGUUGUAGCAUUUUUGAGCAUAAUGUUUGGGCUGAUUUACAAGCUCUUUUGUAUUCAGAAUGCUAA